CAAAAUCUUAGGCCACCAAUAAAACUCUUUUGAGUAAAAUAAAAACUGGAAAAAUAGUACCCAUUUUCGCUUCGUCUGUGCCUCACACACACCUCUCCUCUCGAACUUUCAAAGUUUUUAUUUUCUCUCAGAAGACAAUAAGGAGAAGGUUGAUCUUUGAAGAGUAUAAAGAGUGUUACUUGUUGAUGAAUUAAGCUUAAAAAUAGUAUAUGGGAUGAUGGCCACAACAGCAGUUAUAGGACUCAACGCAGGGAAACGACUGUUGAGUUCAUCGUUUUACUACUCAGACGUGACAGAGAAGUUUCUAUCUGUAAAUGAUCACUGUUCAUCACAGUACCAUACAAGAAGUGGAAUAACUGCGAAAAAGACAUCAAGUCCAAGCUUUCCUUCAUCAAGUCGUCACACACAAUCUGCCAAGGCUCUUAAAGAGAGUGUUGCUUCUUCUGUGCAGCAGCCACCAUGGCUACCUCCUGGAUCUGAUCAGGAACUGGAAGAAGAGGAUGAUGAUGAUGAUAUUAUUGAUCAUUCUGUUGAGGCACUCUUGUUGCUGCAGAGGUCUUUGUUAGAGAAACAGUGGAAUCUUUCCUUUGAGAAGAAGAAUAGGAUUACCAGGAAGAAGAUUCACGUCACCGGUUCAGGGGUUUCAGCGAGGCAAAGGAGGAUCGGUGCUAAGAAGAAAAGUAAUGUUAAGGCGGUUACAGAGGACUUGUUCCAAAACAGCCGUGUCAAAGGUUAUGUGAAAGGUGUGAUAAGUGACCAUGUUCUUAGUCACGCUGAAGUCGUGCGCUUGUCCAAGAAAAUCAAAUCUGGUCUUCGUCUUGAUGAGCAUAAGUCAAGAUUGAAGGAUAGAUUAGGGUGUGAGCCAUCUGAUGAACAGCUUGCAGUAUCCUUGAAGAUAUCUAGGGCAGAGCUGCAGGCAUGGUUGAUGGAAUGUCAUCUAGCGAGGGAGAAGUUAGCUAUGAGCAACGUUCGUUUGGUUAUGUCUAUUGCUCAGCGUUACGAUAAUAUGGGAGCAGAAAUGUCUGACCUUGUUCAGGGUGGUCUUAUCGGACUUUUACGGGGAAUAGAGAAAUUUGAUUCUUCCAAAGGUUUCAGAAUCUCAACUUAUGUAUAUUGGUGGAUUCGACAGGGUGUCUCAAGAGCAUUAGUGGACAACUCAAGAACCUUGAGGUUGCCUACUCACCUGCAUGAAAGGCUUGGUCUAAUCCGUAAUGCAAAGCUUAGACUUCAAGAGAAAGGGAUCACACCAUCCAUUGAUCGGAUUGCAGAGUCAUUAAACAUGUCACAGAAGAAAGUUAGGAAUGCAACAGAGGCUGUAAGCAAAAUAUUUUCGCUAGACAGAGAUGCAUUCCCUUCUUUGAACGGUCUCCCUGGAGAAACCCAUCACAGUUACAUUGCGGACAAUCGCUUGGAGAACAAUCCGUGGCACGGGUACGAUGAGUUGGCACUUAAGGAUGAAGUGAGCAAGCUUAUAAGUGCAACACUCGGAGAACGGGAAAGGGAGAUUAUUAGGUUAUACUAUGGUCUAGACAAAGAAUGUCUCACAUGGGAAGACAUUAGCAAACGGAUAGGAUUAUCGAGAGAGAGGGUUAGACAGGUGGGACUUGUGGCGCUAGAGAAACUAAAACACGCAGCAAGGAAGAGGAAAAUGGAGGCAAUGGUCCUCAAGAAUUGAUUUUGUUUUUUGUAAAUUUUUAUUACAUGAGAGAGCGGUUGUGAAUGUUUUGUAUAUAGACAGGGAAACAAAAGGGGAAUACUCUCUUUACUCUAUCUUCCUUGCUUCUUUAUGUAAACUGGAGCUGAGAAACAAAGACAGUGAGAUGUGAUAUUUGGCUUCAAGUAACUUACUCUCCAUCUCUAUUUCAUUCACACUCCUCUUGUUCAUGGAAAACUCUUAAUAUGUGCUACCAUGUGUAAAUUAUUUUUUCACAUUUUCAGAUUUCUAUGUUGUUUAUCAGUCAAGUAUUAUUCAAGAUUCC